GGUGGUUAUUUUCGGGUGGAAGGAGUUUGCUUUUUUUUUUCGCGCGUUCAACGCAUUCGCCAAAACGUGACAUAAGUUCUAGUUCCCGACGACCGUGAAUGUACACGUCGGUCGCUGUUUGUUGCCGAUACUCGCAUGUUGUUGUACCAUUAGCAUCCUCCGGAGGAACGAGUCAAAUUCGGCCGUACAGAGAUUAAGAACUCGAUUGUGCUCGGAAGCUACAGGCGAACCCAAAAACCAAAGAUGAUAAUCCGGUCGGUGCUGAUUUCGAUGCUGCUGCUGGUGGGGGUUGCUCGGAGUGCUCCAAAGGCUAAUCCCAACUUUGAGCUGAUUAUCCUGCAUAACAAUGAUAUGCAUGCACGAUUCGAGCAAACCGGUGCUUAUGGAAACGAUUGCCAAGCGGCGGAUGUGGCUAGCAAUCGGUGCUAUGGAGGAUUCGCUCGGGUGGCGCAUAAAGUUCGUGAAUACCGGUCAAAAGAAUCGGCUGGCGGACCUCCCGUCCUGUAUCUAAACGCUGGUGACACAUACACUGGCACCCCGUGGUUCACCGUCUACACGGACAACAUCACCGCUGCUUUCCUCAACAUCCUUAAGCCAGAUGCAAUUUCCCUCGGUAACCACGAGUUUGACCUGGGCGUCGAAGGGCUGGUCCCGUUCCUGAACGAAGUGGACUUCCCCGUCCUAACGGCCAAUCUGGACCUCUCCAAGACCCCCUCGAUGCAAAACACAAAAUCACUGCGCCCCUCGACGGUGUUCAGCAAGGAAGGGGUCAAAAUUGGAGUCAUCGGUUACCUGACACCGGAGACGAAGCAGCUGACCUCGGCCAGUACGGUAGAUUUCUUGGAUGAAAUUCAGGCCAUCAACAAGGAAGCUGCCACUCUAAAAGCGGAAGGUGUCCACAUCCUGAUAGCCCUGGGUCACAGUGGUUUGCCGCAGGAUCGGGAAAUCGCAGCCAGUUGUCCGGACAUCGACAUCGUCAUCGGUGGACAUUCGCAUACGUUCCUGUACAGUGGAACCGUACCUGACAUUGACCAACCGGAAGGUCCCUAUCCGGUGAUGGUGCAAAACAGUGCCGGCCGAGAUGUCCCGGUAGUUCAGGCAUACGCCUACACCAAGUAUUUGGGCUACAUGAAGGUCGAAUUUGAUGCCGAUGGUAAUCUGGUGUCGUUUGAUGGAAGUCCGAUCCUGCUGAAUGGAGCAGUCGAUCGAGACUCGGAUGUUCUGCAACUAUUGGACGUGUACCGUCCGGGGAUUCUGGAGCUGGAUGAAGUCAUUGGACAAACUCGGGUUCUUCUGGAUGCUACCAGGUGCCGUUUCGAGGAGUGCAAUAUCGGAAAUAUGAUCGCAGAUUCAAUGGUUAUGACCUAUACGAUGUCCCGGGAUGAGUCCAGCCAGUAUUGGACCGAUGCAUCGAUUGCAUUCAUUCAGGGUGGAGGGAUACGGGCUUCGAUCGAGGUUGGUCAGGAUGGGAACAUCACAAAGAAGGAUUUGAAGACAGUGCUGCCAUUCGGGAAUGCCAUUAUUCUGGCCGAAGUAACGGGAGAAACGAUCAAGCAAAUGUUGGAGCGUAGUGUGUAUCGGUACGAUGGUAAGAAUGGCUACGGAGAGUUUCUGCAGAUGGCUGGAGUGCACGUAGUGUACGAUUUGAGUAAGCCUCCGGGACAUCGAGUUGUUUCGGCUGAAGUACGAUGCGCACGGUGCACGACCCCUUCCUAUGGUGCCCUGUAUGACUACGAUAGGUACAAGAUCAUCAUCAGCCAAUUCCUGUGGGAAGGAGGUGACGGGUACAGUAUGUUCAGUGGUCGUAACUUCGACGUGCUCGUCUGGAGUGAGUAUGAGAUCACCGAAGAAUACCUGAAGAAGUUCUCUCCAAUCUACCCGGCGAUCGAGUGGAGAGUUGCACUACAGGGACAGGUCAACCCGGAUCACAUGACUACGACGACGACGACGACAACGCAACGGCCCACUACCGACAGCGGCACGACGCAGGAUGGCGAUGGAGGAGCGGGGGGUCUUAAAGCUGCCACGAUGACCAUCGUGUCGUUUGCAUUUGUUUGUGUUUUGCAAAGAUUUUUAUUGUGAUAGGAUGCGUAGUUUAGGUGUUGAAUGUUACGACUCAGGUUUCAAAGAUGUUGCACUUGUUGUGAAAAGUAUUCCUAUAGGCCUAAGUACAAAGUAUAAGAAUGUGUUGAAUA